UGAAAACAUAACCUUACUUUCUAACUUUCGAACUUCGUAAUUUGUAAUUGCAACUGUAAAAAUUUGUGUUGUUGCUUAUUGCUAUUCUGUUUGUUCAGCUAUUAUUCAAAAUGUUUGAUCAUACAUAUAUAGAAAGCUGUGAUGAAAAUUUUGAAUUGAAUAACUCAAUGAAUUCAAGAGAACUUGAAGAGAAUUGUGAAAGUAGUGACGUGGGCGAUUUCGUCGAUACCUUAGAUGAAUUGAUAAUUGCUUGCGUGCAAAGCUAUCCUCAUUUAUAUAACAAGAGUAAUGCCAAUUACAAGGAUCAUAUGAUGAAACAAAAAUCAUGGGAGGAAAUAGCACAAACAUGUAACAUAUCAGAUAUUGAAGUACAACAAAGAUGGAAAAGGCUGAAAGAUAGAUUUAGUAAACAAAGAAGAUUAAACGAUUAUGCUACACGCGCAGUGGUAGUGCAGCACAAACAAUAAAACAGUGGCCGCUGUAUGAAAACAUAAAAUUCAUGGAAAAACACAUUCAGAGA